CGGAGCGUUAUCACGAUCACACACACGAACAAUAAAAGCCAGCACUGACACCCAGUCGUUUCAUAAUGACAAUCGACAGCGCCAAAAUGAAGUCGAUUCUUUAUACUUUGGUUGUUUUAUUCAUUACAUCUCAAGUCUCGGCCGAUGAUGUUGGUGUAUGCCAGCCCACCGGCAAGCCUUUCAGGCCUUGCGAAGACCUGGAUGAGACAUGCAUCAGGGAAUACUUCGAGGAACACGCCGACUGCGCCCCCCACGCCGACGAGCCUUACGAAGAGUUCUUCCUGCCCACUGUCAUCCUGUACCUGCCCUACUUCAACAUGACCUGCGACCAGCAGAACGGGCUCUUCGGCAACCUGGAGAACCAUAAGAUUGUGGAGUUCAAAGUGAAUCCCGAGAAGAACAUCACCAUCCUGUCCGUGGAGUACACUCGCAUGAGCCUCACCGCCGACCUCAAGUUCCUGUACUACCAGCCCGGCAAGGAGCCCCGCGCGUACAACGCCACCACCGUCGAGACCUACCCCGGUGUCAUCUUGACCACCACCUUCUACAGCGUGGACGACCUCAGCAUUGAGAACAGCUUCAGCGUCUCCUACCUGACCGAGUCCAUCGAGUACAAGUUCUCCGGAGACUGCCUCACCACCACUGACCCCAUCUUGGCGCCGGCCAUCGCCGCCUUCGACUCGAACUUCAACCUGGUGCUGCAGGAGGCGUUCCGGUACAAGUCCACGCCGCUCGCCGAGGACUACGUCAGGAGAAACAUGUGCGAUUUCAACAAGAAGAACUAAACUGUUUUGGUGAUAAAUUAAAUUUUAAUGUAAUUAAUUCAAA